AGACCAUUUUGGCUCAGUUGUUUCAAUGUCGGAGGUGUGGUGCUUGCGUUCUCCCUCGAACGCCGCGGUGUUCUAACAGUCGCUUUGGCUGUCACGGGGCUCUGCUGGGUCCUCGCCAGUAUUACAGUUUCGGUUUUCGUCUCUGGGUCUUCGAGCCUUUGGCAGAGCUCGCCUCUGCCGAGCAAGGUGACACGUUGUGCUUUAUUGGAGGAAGUAGUGGCGGGCCCUCGCGUGGCGAUCGUAUACCAGACCAUGCUUGAAGCGCCUCCCGAAGUCAUUGACUCGUCUGAGGACCAGCCGCCAGUGACGCCUGUCGUGGGAGAAGGUACCAUCAUGCAGCAGAUGGAAUAGGGAGUCCUGGGAAUGGCCGUUGGUGAGGCAAAAACCAUGAAGUUCGGCACUGACGCGCCCUUUUUUGGCGCCUACAAGGACGAGCUCUUGACGGAACACCCCCUUGACAGGGUUCCAUUUGAUGUGAAGGUGGGCAGGAUGUUGAUGAUCCAAGGAGGUCUUCCUCCAGUCUCCGUUAAACACAUCGGCGAGAACAUUGCGAAGCUUGACGCGAACCACCCUUUUGCUGGCAAGGCGACUGCCUUGGUUCUGACUGUUACAGGCUGUGAAAAGUGCGCAGGGAUCAGUACUCUGCUCUCGGCCAGGGCUUAACUGGAAUCAGGAUCUAACGGUAGUUCAGGCCGAGCUUCGGUGCAUUGCGGAGAUGAGCCGAGACAAACAACACGUGCCCAGAUGGCACAAGGUAGCUUCCAAAUCGGCCCAAGACGUCUCAAGAAGGAC